GAAUUGAAUGACUCGAGGCAACCGGAAGGAAGCGGAAACGAGGAAGAUGAGGAUGAUGAUGACGCUGAAGAUACAACACAAGUUAAGAAGGCCAAAAAGCGCAGGUUGGAUUCGGAUGAAGAUGAUGACGAGGACGAAGAGGAUGAUGGGGAGGAAGAGGAGGACGAGGAAGAUGAUGAGGAGGACGAGGAUGGAGAUACCGGUCAUCGAGGCAAGAAAUCUAAAAAGAAGAAGCGUCGAACCGGUGUGCAUCAGUUCAUUCUGGAUGAUGUAGAAGUGGAUGACGAUGAAGAGGAGGAGGUGGAAUACGAGGAUGAUGGCGAUGAGAUGGGUAUCGAUCCGAGAGAACGAGAGGAAGCCGAGAGACUUAUGAAGGAACAAGACGAACGCAAUCGAGAGGUCCGACGAAGAGAUCUCUUCAGUGGCAUGAAUGAGGAUCAAAUAGAAGAUUACUUCAAAAUGAAAUAUUCCACUCAACCGUCAUACGCCGGAACAACUGAAGAUGAUGCAGCGAUGGACGAUAUCAGUCGUCAUUCGCUUUUGCCGUGUACUAAGGAUCCGAAUCUUUGGAUUCUGAAGUGUCGAAUGGGUGAUGAAAAAAUGGUGGCAUUGCAAUUGAUGCCACUUUGGUUUGUUCGAGCCACAUCCUCUGAACGAGCGCAGUCGCCCGUGUCUCUGUUUAUGUGGCAACAUGUCGAAACAUUCAAAAUGGUUACGUACCGAUCCAUGCAGCUGAGACGUGGUGGUUUAUGUCCGGUUGAAGUGUUAGGAUGUUAA